GCACAAGUUCUCCACAAGUAGCCAAGCCAACGGCCAACCCAACCCCUUUAUUUACUUCUUUUUUGUACGUUGUAGUUCUAUCUCAUCUCUCAACUUCAUGGCUUCCUCUCACUUGUUCAGCAGCUUUUCCUUGACCUUACUGAUUCUGAUCGGGUUGGCCUCUGCACAGCUAUCGCCCAACUUCUAUGCUUCAUCGUGCCCCAGAGCCCUUUCCAUCAUUAGGUCUGCAGUAAGCAUUGCUGUGGCUAGAGAGCGACGCAUGGGAGCCUCUUUGCUCCGGCUCCACUUCCAUGAUUGCUUUGUUAAUGGGUGUGAUGCAUCUAUUCUGUUGGAUGAUAAUUCGACCUUCACUGGGGAGAAGACAGCUGCUCCUAAUGCAAAUUCAGUGAGAGGGUUUGAUGUGGUCGAUACCAUUAAAUCUCAACUGGAAAGCGCCUGCCCUGGAGUCGUUUCUUGUGCAGACAUUCUGGCAGUAGCUGCUCGGGACUCUGUCGUUGCUUUGGGUGGAAGCUCAUGGACAGUGCAGUUAGGUAGAAGAGAUUCAACCACAGCAAGCUUAAAUGCAGCUAAUAACAACCUCCCAUCUCCAUUCUCGGAUCUCAGUGCUCUGCUAUCUGCCUUCUCAAACAAGGGCUUUACUGCUAAAGAAUUGGUGGCUUUAUCAGGAUCUCACACAAUAGGUCAGGCCAGGUGCACAAUAUUUCGGUCCCGUAUCUACAAUGAGACCAACAUUAACUCUGCAUAUGCGACAUCGCUGAAGGCAAACUGUCCAAGCUCAGGAGGCGACAACAAUCUUGCUGGGCUUGAUGCCUCCACUUCUACAGUUUUUGAUAACGCUUACUUCACUAACUUGUUGAACAACAGAGGCCUGUUACACUCGGACCAACAGCUCUUCAGUGGUGGCUCCACUGAUGCUCAAGUCAGAGCUUACAGCUCCAACUCUGCAACUUUCCUAUCUGAUUUUGGCAACGCCAUGAUCAAGAUGGGGAACCUUAGCCCACUGACCGGCACCAGCGGCCAGAUCCGAAACAAUUGCAGGAAGGUCAACUGAUUAAGUCAGUUCUUCUGCUACAAGGUUGGCUCUCUUUUGGGUUAUAUUAUCUAAGUAUGUAAGCCAAUAAAACCAGCCUACUCUACAAAAGAUAAAGAGUUGUUGGAUCACCAAAAUUGUCUACAAGGAUGUGUGUGUGUGUGUGUUUUGCUUCAUGCCUCCAAGGAAGUGUUUCCCUCAAAGAAUUUUGUCUACUGGAUUGAUGUGAGUGGUUAUUAUGUAACUCAAAGAGUUAAUUAUCAAGAAUAUUGGCUACCCUCUGUGUAGUAGUGGAAAGCAAUUGUUGAAUCUUAUCACUUUGUUUUGCGACA